AAAAACAGUGAGCAAUUUGCUGUUGUUGUUGUGGUUUUCAUUUAUCCUAUCAUAUUAUCAUUCCAAAUUAUCCAUAUUAUCUCCAUCCAUCCAUCAAUCAUAUCAAAGUUUUUUGUUGUUUUGGUUGUUGUUGUUAUUGAACUAAUAGAUUUUAUUCUGUGUAAUCCUAAAAAAAUGAUGGAAAAAGAAUUUCCCGAAUUAAAAAAUGAUACAAUAAUUCGACAAGCAUUUGGUAAAAAAACAUCAUACAUACCGGUAUGGGUAAUGCGUCAAGCAGGUAGAUAUUUACCGGAAUUUCGUGAAUUUCGUCAACAUCAUAGUUUUUUUGAUAUUUGUGAAACACCUGAGCUAGCAUGUGAAGCAACAAUGUUACCAAUACGUCGUUAUCCAUCAUUAGAUGCUGCAAUUAUUUUCUCCGAUAUUUUAGUCAUUCCAAAAGCCUUAGGUAUGGAUGUACAAAUGGUUGAAGGUAUUGGACCGGUUGUUGAUGCAUUAGAACAACCAUCACAAAUUAAAACCAAAAUCCACGUUGAUAAUAAUAUCGACAGCGAAUUAGAUUAUCUUUAUAAAGCCAUUACAUUAACUCGUCAUACAUUGGAAGGAAAAGUACCAUUGAUUGGUUUUGCUGGUGGCCCAUUUACAUUAAUGUCAUAUAUGAUCGAAGGACAAGGUUCAAAAACAAUGUCCAAAGUUAAACGUUGGUUUUAUCAAAAUCCAAUCGAAAGUCAUGAAUUAUUAGAUAUUCUAACCAAAGCUAUAAUUCAAUCACUUGUUGGUCAAGUGAAAGCAGGUGCACAAAUGUUACAAGUUUUUGAAUCACAUGCCGGUUAUCUUGGACCUCGGCAAUUUGAUGAAUUUUGUUUACCAUAUUUAAAUCGUAUUAGUUAUGGUGUAAAAGAACAAUUACGUGAACAAAAUCUUGAUACUAAUGAUGUACCAAUGAUAUUAUUUGCAAAAGGUGCACAUUAUGCAUUGGAUAAAAUGUGCGAUACAACCUGCCAUCAAUAUAAUGUUAUUGGUUUGGAUUGGACUAUUGAUGCUGAUCGUGCUAAAACAGCCUCGAAUGGUCGAGUAACAUUACAAGGAAAUCUUGACCCAUGUGCAUUAUAUUCAAAUCAAGAUGAUUUAGAUUAUUUAGUCGAACAAAUGGUACAAGAAUUUGGUAAUGAACGUUAUAUUGCUAAUCUUGGACAUGGUAUUUAUCCAGAUGUUAAAUGGGAAAAUGUUGCUACAUUUGUUAAUGCUGUACAUAAAUAUUCUAAAAUUCACAGUAAUAAAUAACACCAAAAAAAACGCAAAAACAACAAACAAAACAAUGCAAAACGCAA